UUAGAAAAUAAAAAGCUGGCCAUUCCGCUACAAUAUUAUUGUUUUGACGGAAGUUAAAGUUGAUAAGUAAGAAGACUAACGUGUUAAGCAUGAAUUGAUCACCAUUUGAUGUAUCCAAGAGAAAAAAAUGUCAGCCACCACAAAGAAAAAGCAUGUAACCAAGGAAGUGUUAGAGGAGUUUCCUCUACCUGAGGGUGACAGACAAAUUGUCAAGGUGACUGCAGCAAAGGGCAACAACUUGCAUGAGGUUGUCACAGCUGAUGGAACUGUUUUUCUUGCUAGCAUGCCAACCAAGUUCAGGAAACACGUGUGGAUUAAACGAGGUGAUUUUAUAAUGGUGGAUCCUAUUGAGGAAGGGGGUAAAGUGAAGGCAGAGAUAUCACACAUCCUUUUUAAAGAGCAAAUCAAGUAUAUCCAGGAGCAAGGCCUGUGGCCUGCCAACUUCACCAACAAGCCUGUACAGCAGGAGACUGGCAUGAUUCCACAAGAUCUCCUCCCACCCAGUGAUGAGGAGGGCAGCGAGGAGGAGCUGGCUGACCUGGUCAAAAACAUGAACCGCGUUCAGGUCACUCUACUAGAGAGUGAGUCAGAGGACAGUUGUUCAGAAGAGGAGGAAGAGGAGAGUGACUCAGGAGAGAGGUGUUCAGAAGAGAGCAGUGAGCCAACUAUAGACUCUCCCAUAGUCAACACAGAUGCACAGCUCAGUACAGUUAGAUGAGAACAUCACUCGGUACAGUUAGAUGAUAACAUCACUCGGUACAGUUGGAUGAGAACAUCCCUCGGUACAGUUAGAUGAUAACAUCCCUUGGUACAGUUAGAUGAUAACAUCCCUCGGUACAGUUGGAUGAAAACAUCACUCGGUACAGUUGGAUGAUAACAUCCCUCGGUACAGUUGGAUGAUAACAUCCCUCGGUACAGUUGGAUGAUAACAUCCCUCGGUACAGUUGGAUGAUAACAUCCCUGGGUACAGUUGGAUGAUAACAUCCCUGACAUAGCAAACCUGUGUGGGCUGACAUGGCAAGCCUAAGUAGGCUUACAUCACAAUCAUGAAGUCAUCCAUUGAAUCCAUUGUCACAUUCAUUAAAUCAUUCAUAGUACCAUGAUAUACUGAUGUAACAUUCAUUAAAUCAUUCAUAGUACCAUGAUAUACUGAUGUCACAUUCAUUAAAUCAUUCAUAAUACCAUGAUAUACUGAUGUCACAUUCAUUAAAUCAUUCAUAGUACCAUGAUAUACUGAUGUCACAUUCAUUAAAUCAUUCAUAAUACCAUGAUAUACUGAUGUCACAUUCAUUAAAUCAUUCAUAGUACCAUGAUAUACUGAUGUCACAUUCAUUAAAUCAUUCAUAGUACCAUGAUAUACUGAUGUCACAUUCAUUAAAUCAUUCAUAGUACCAUGAUAUACUGAUGUCACAAUACUUUGUGCCAGUUACGUCACCAAAGUAGUCUGUAUGCCUUAUAAUUUGCUGUCACAGAACUUUGUGCCAGUAUAUCACUUGAGUUAUAUAAUAUGCUGACGUAAAAAAUCUCACAAAGUGCUGGUGUCACAAAAGUUGAAAAUGUGCUUUAUGAUGUUUAAGUUUAUGAGAAUUAAAAUCCUUGAUGAUGCCAACCCA